GGCAAUAGUGGCACAACUAGAGUUCGAACAUAUUUAACAAACCUAAAAGGACAACCAUCAUCUCUACCGGCUCGUAUCGUAGGUGUAUUACCUAUCAAGUCCCUACGACAAGCCUGCCAAUCCAACGACCAGGAUCCAAAAUGCCAAGUAAGGACCACAAAUUGCCAAGUGCUCGCUCACGAGGACCCUCUCUCGCUGUGCGAUUCUAUUUAAUUGCGUUCAAUGCAUUAUCUACGGCAGGAUGGACCUAUGUCAUUUACCUCGCUCUUGCCGUAUUCAAAGGUCAACGUGCUUCAAGUUCAGCAUACGACUUCUUCAGACCACUUGUUUCAUACGUGCCGACCUCAAUCGUAGCAUCUUUAACACCACAGCCUGAAACAACAAACCAUUUCUCCACCGCUCUCGCAUAUUUUUUACAUCCAUUUUUCCCUGCAACAUACAAAUCCACGUUCUCUGCCCUUGCACCUGUGCAGUCCCUCGCUGCCCUUGAAAUUUUGCAUGUCCUCCUUGGGUUUGUGCGUCUCCCGCUCCUGACAACUGUAGUCCAGGUCUCCUCGCGUCUCAUCCUUGUCUGGGGAAUCGUCGAGCGCUUUCCCCAUACCCACUCGAGCCCGGUCUAUACCACUAUGAUUCUUGCCUGGGCUCUGACCGAAGUGCCACGCUACGCAUACUACGCGCUCUCACUUGCAGGUUGCGGCGUGCCUGCGUGGCUGACAUGGAUACGCUAUUCCACAUUUUAUGUCCUGUACCCCAUCGGCGCAGGAAGUGAGGCCCUGGUCAUGUUGAGCACCAUUCCAGAGUGGAGCGGCGGUAAGUGGGCAGUGUGGAGCACUGAGGACUGGGUCAAGGCAAGUUUGGUGGCGAUUUGGGCGCCUGGUGAGUUCUGCAUGCUAUUUUGCAUUUGAUCGCUGACUCUCGGUUCUCGCAGGGCUGUGGGUCAUGUAUUCGC